AUGCCCAACGAAGAGUUUGAGAUGGCGUACAGUGAGGACGGAGCCCAGCCAAAUUCCAUCAAAGACUAUCAACCCGAGAUAUUUUCAUUUAUCACUCAGCUAGUUCGCCAGGAACAAGCAUCUAAAUACUAUCAAGGGCAGCUUGAAACGAGGAUCGGAAAUGACUCAAUCGCUCAUCAAAAGCUAAGCAUUCACUGCAGUCACUUAGAAAGGAAGAUAUUCGGUCUGGAAUAUGUGAAAUCGCAACUGGAAACCUCUCAUCGGGUUGCUACAGAAACCUGCCAGGCUAUUGCAAAUGACUUAAGCAUUGAAAGGCAUAAGAUGCAAAACCUUGAAUCACGCCUUUCAGACUUGUAUCCCACGCUCGAUCGGCUGUUGUACUACCUCAACCAGAGCUCAGGUCAGCAACAAAACACAAGCAUGCACCAAACUCUUCAGCAAGAGAACCAUCGUUUGCGUGAGGUAGUGGCCUACCUCCAAGCCUCAUUGACUGCGCGCGAAGAGAUGGUUAAAGAUCUACGAACUACAUUCUCCGAGGCGUUUCUCGGGUUUUCAGAUAACGCUGUCUAUGGGGGGGAUGAUGGUGAGGAAAGUAUUUACCAAAAUGGCGAUUCUUGCGCAGACGAUGAAUCGUCUGUUGAUAUAGUCACCGUGAAGCCAGAGCCUGACAAUAGUGACAUGGUUUGA